AUGGCUGAAUACCAAGCCUUGGACCUCAACACCAUUACCGAAAUGUCUCGAAAUUACGGGUGCCAACGCACUCGUAAGGGCGUACGCACAAGCUAUGGGCAAAACAUCAACAAUUUCCAAAGUUCAGCCAGCCCAGAAUCCAACAUCACACCGCCCGCUCCUGAGUAG